CAACAAAAUUUACCCGCCAAAUCCCCGCAUAUUUGGCUCCCACGUUAUAGUUUAUACGCUUCCUCAACUUCCUUCAUAACCCCCCUUCCUCCAUUUUCGGCGGAAAUUCAACCCCAACAACUUUUGAUCAUCCUCAUUUUUUUUUUCUCUCUCCUAUCAAAAAGCUGACUCAUUUUCACUAUGAUCAAACCCUAUUUUUUUUAUUAAUUGUUAUUAUUGAUUUUUGAAUGCAGCCUACAAAUUGAUCAUCUUUAAUCAUCUGGGUUUAUGCUAAAUUGUUGAAUUUUUUUUUCUUUUCACCUAAAUUCUUGAUUCAAUUUUAGUUUCAAUUUCUGGGAUUUUGUGGGUCUUUUGCCCUUUUUUUCUCUCUCCUAAAUUAUUCAGUUUUUGUAAAUUGUCAACCAUUUUUUUCCAUUUUUCACACCCAGACCCCAAAAUCCCAACAAAUUAUUUUGAAUUUUGAAAACCCAAACUCUUACGUACCUAUUUAUUUUCUUUCCAUAAUUAUUUCUCUUAUUUUCCAUGCAAAUGUUCAUUAUCUCCUCUUUUUUUUGACUUUUGAGGAAGGAAAGUUCUUUCUCUUUGUUCCCUUUUAAAUCUUGUCAAUAAGAAUUCUUUCAUAUUGACAAAGAAAUUUUGAGAUAUAAUUUUACCAGCUACAUACAUCUUGUGUAUGACAAUAAUCCUCAACCAAAAUAACACAUUUUCUGAUACUUUACAUUGACAAAGAAAUUUUGAGAUAUAUUUUAGUUUACAUUAUUUCAUUCGUUGGGUUUUCAAGGGUGAGAUAUGAGUUGUUUUCCAUGCUUUUCAUCACAAGGAACAAAAUCAACGAGAAAACUCAGCAAAAAGGGACAACCACCUUCUAAUGCCUCUUCCAUGCCCAUUGCGCAACCUUGCCAAGAAACUCAAGCAGCAAGACAAACGACAAACAAUAGCAAUGAAUGUAAGGAAAAUGGGCCUAAUAAUAUUGCAGCACAGACUUUCACUUUCAGAGAGCUAGCUACUGCAACAAAGAAUUUCCGUUCAGAGUGUCUGGUAGGUGAAGGUGGGUUUGGAAGAGUGUACAAGGGCCAACUUUCAACUGGACAGACUAUAGCAGUAAAACAACUCGAUCGAAAUGGAGUGCAAGGGAACAAAGAAUUUCUUGUUGAGGUUCUGAUGCUUAGUCUUCUACAUCAUCCGAACUUGGUUAAUCUCAUAGGGUAUUGUGCUGAUGGAGAUCAGAGGCUCUUGGUGUAUGAAUAUAUGUCUUUGGGAUCUUUAGAAGACCAUUUACUUGAUGUUCCGCACGAUCAAAAGCCAUUAGAUUGGUACAAGAGAAUGAAAAUAGCUUUGCAUUCUGCCAAGGGUUUAGACUAUCUUCAUUACAAGGCAAAUCCUCCAGUUAUAUACCGCGACUUGAAAGCAUCUAACAUAUUGCUUGAGAAGGACUUCCAUGCAAAGCUCUCUGAUUUUGGACUAGCGAAGCUCGGUCCUACAGGGGACAAAACCCAUGUUUCUACAAGAGUUAUGGGAACAUAUGGUUAUUGUGCACCAGAAUACCAAAGAACAGGUCAACUAACACCUAUGUCGGAUGUAUAUAGUUUUGGAGUUGUUUUACUGGAGCUAAUUACAGGAAGAAGAGCUAUUGACACCAAAAGAUCAAAUCACGAGCAGAAUCUUGUCACUUGGGCACAACCAUAUUUCAGUAAUGCAGCCAGAUACCCGGAAUUGGCUGAUCCACUUCUAAAUGGGGAUUUCCCAGUGAAGGGUCUAAACCAGGCAGUGGCAAUAGCAGCCAUGUGCCUACAAGAAGAAGAAACUGCACGACCCUUGAUGAGUGAUGUAGUAACUGCUCUAAGUUUUCUGACAUUAAGCCCACAAGAUGAUGAUGACUCUCCCUUCCUCACCGAGUCCUCUCCUGACAGUGAUUACACCGAGUGUAUUAACCAUCCAUCCCAAGAUCAUCGCGAUCAAAUGUCUCAAGAGCGUCAAAAGGCUUUAGCCGAAGCCAUGGAAUGGGGAUCUACUCAUACUGCUCUGUCGCGGGCUACUAGCAUUAAUUCGUCGUGUGCUUAGAGACUAUAGCGAAAUUUUUAUUUUUGUCCUACGGUUUGUCUAUGCAAAAUGCAGGGGCAAUGCAGUUUUAACAAGCUUGCUAGGAAUGUGCAAUGUGUGUUGGUGUUUUGAGUUAGCCAAAUUUUGAGUGGAAAGGUUUCUGUUUGAGUUAUAUAUAUAUGUGUACCUGUGUGGCUGUGUUAAUGUUGGAGUGGAAGGUACUCCUCAAAUUCUGAGCUGUAAAUAAUUCGAGGAAAGAAUGAUCAAGUUUCUAAUGAGAUUUGUAAUGACUUUUUCGAGGAAGUUUG